AUGGGGUCACCAAGCGACGAGAUGCCACAGCCUCUACCAAUGGACAGUAGUCUCAAGCAUCAGACAGGGAUGCCCGCUGGAUCCGUUGCUGUUUUUGUUAGCGGUGGAUAA